AUGAUUUCGAAGUGUAUCAUCGUUCUUGCGCUCGUCGCCCAUGUGGCUCUCGGUCGAACCACCGGUACUUCCGCGCAAAAUGCCGUACAUGAAUCCGAUACGAAACAUGAAGGGAAUUCUUACAUCAGUGAUUUUCGGUAUAUGUAUAAAGUGUAUCAAGAAUGUGCCGCCACUGAUGUAAUGUCUUGUUUAAAAUUAAAGUUAAUCACUGCUCUAGAUAGGGCCGCAAAAUCAUAUUCAGAACUACCCUUAAUCGAAGGAAUUAAAUUUGUGAAGGACCCUCAGGAUACAAGUACAUCCCAGGAAGUUAAAUCGGAAGCUGAAAUAGAAGCAACUUUACCUAGAUCUUUGGACGAAAAAGAAAAUGUUUUGGAUGAUAUUAUCAGCGAUAGAGUAUCAAAUUUCUUGAGUUCUCACACACUACAGAUCAAACUUCCCAGUUCCUCCGAAGUUCAAGAAGAGGGGCGUGGUAAGAAGAAAAAGGGAAAUUACGGUCUUCUCCUCCUGCCUCUUAUUUUAGGUGGAGCCCUUGUUCCUCUAGCACUAGGUGCAUUGGCUCUUUUGGCUGGAAAAGCUCUUAUUGUAUCUAAAUUGGCAUUAGUACUUGCUGGAAUCAUCGGAUUGAAAAAACUUCUUUCAGGAAACAGUGGUGGUGAUAAUGGACACGUUGAAGUAUACAGUGCUGGUCACUCUGGAUGGGGGAGAUCAUACAAUAAAGAAGAGGCUCAAAAUUUGGCAUACCAAGCAUACGCACCGAAAACGACAUAA